AUGUUUAGUAGAUCUGUUCGCUCGAUGGUCUCUUGGUCGGCCAUCUUGGUCUACAUUGCCCUAAUAUUCGUUUUCCCAUUCAUCUCAGGUACUUCUGCUGAGGUUGAUGAAAAGAUUCAAGGUCCAGUCAUUGGUAUCGAUCUGGGUACUACCUACUCAUGUGUAGGUGUUAUGAAGUCUGGUAGAGUUGAAAUCCUCGCCAAUGAUCAAGGUAACAGAAUUACUCCCUCAUAUGUCGCAUUCAAUGGUGAAGAACGUCUGAUAGGUGAUGCCGCUAAGAACCAAGCUGCUGCCAACCCCCACAACACUAUUUUCGAUAUUAAGCGUCUUAUUGGUCUUUACUUUAAGGACUCAUCUGUUCAAAAGGAUAUCAAGCGUCUUCCCUACCAAGUUAUUGACCGCAAUGGCAAGCCCGCUGUUAAGGUUGAGUUCCUUAAUGAAAACAAGACUUUUACCCCUGAAGAAAUCUCGGCCAUGAUCCUUGGUCAGAUGAAGAAGAUUGCUGAAGAUUACCUUGGCCACGAUGUUAAGUACGCUGUUAUUACCGUUCCUGCUUACUUCAACGACGCCCAGCGUCAGGCUACUGAAAAUGCAGGUGAAAUUGCCGGUCUUAAGGUCCUUCGUAUUGUUAACGAGCCCACUGCUGCUGCCAUUGCCUACGGUCUUGACAAGACUGAUGGUGAACGCCAGAUUAUUGUUUACGAUCUUGGUGGUGGUACCUUUGAUGUUUCCCUUCUUUCCAUUGAUAAGGGUUUCUUCCAGGUUUUGGCCACUGCUGGUGACACCCACUUGGGUGGUGAAGACUUUGAUUACAGAGUAAUUCGCCACUUUACCAAGCUCUUUAACAAGAAGCACGAUGUUGACAUUUCCAAGAAUGCAAAGACUAUUGGUAAGCUUAAGCGUGAAGUUGAAAAGGCCAAGCGCACUCUUUCUUCCCAAAUGUCUACCAGAAUUGAAAUUGAAUCCUUUUUCGAUGGCAUUGACUUUUCCGAGACUUUGACCCGUGCCAAGUUUGAGGAACUCAACAUUGAUCUCUUUAGAAAGACCCUCAAGCCUGUUGAACAGGUUCUUAAGGAUGCUAAGGUUGAAAAGUCUGAGAUUGAUGAUAUUGUUCUUGUUGGUGGUUCUACCCGUAUCCCCAAGGUCCAGGAACUUCUUGAGACUUACUUUAAGGGUAAGAAGGCUUCUAAGGGUAUUAACCCUGAUGAGGCUGUUGCCUACGGUGCUGCUGUUCAAGGUGGUGUUCUUUCCGGUGACGAUGGUGCUGAAGACAUUGUUCUUCUUGACGUUAACCCUCUUACUCUUGGUAUUGAGACCACUGGCGGUGUCAUGACUACCCUUAUCAAGAGAAACACUGUCAUUCCUACUCGCAAGUCCCAAAUCUUCUCCACUGCCGUUGAUAACCAGCCUACUGUCUUGAUUCAAAUCUAUGAAGGUGAACGUCCUCUUUCCAAGGAUAAUAACCUUCUCGGCAAGUUUGAGCUUACUGGCAUUCCUCCUUCCCCCCGUGGUGUCCCCAAGAUUGAGGUUACUUUUGAGCUUGAUGCCAAUGGUAUGCUUAAGGUUACUGCCCACGACAAGGGUACUGGCAAGUCCGAGUCCAUUGUCAUUACCAAUGACAAGUCUCGUCUUUCCCAGGAUGAAAUUGACCGCAUGAUUGCUGAUGCUGAAAAGUAUGCCGAGCAAGAUGCUGCUCUUAAGGAGAAGAUUAUCUCCCGUAACGGUCUUGAAAACUAUGCCCACUCUCUCAAGAACCAGGUCAGCGAUGAGGCUGGUCUUGGUGGCAAGAUUGACGAGGACGACAAGGACACCAUUCUCGAGGCUGUUGCCGAGGUUUUGGAGUGGCUUGAGGAGGUUGGCAACGAUGCCACCAAGGAGGACUUUGAUGAGAAGAAGGAGAAGCUUAGCUCCAUUGCCUACCCCAUCACUUCCAAGCUCUACGGCGAUGAGGGUGCUGGCGACUCUCACCCUGAUGAUGAGGAUGAGGAUGAUUACGACCACGAUGAGCUAUAA